UCCGUGUACUUGCGAAAUUCUCUUUUCCGGUGUUGUGCUGUCCGGAAUAUGCCUCCGGAAGCUACCAAUCUCUCAGUAAAAUAAUGCACUUCUUUGCGUUGAACACUAGAGGGCAUAUUGCCUAUGAUUCAAACGGAUUUACGGACAUGAACAUGAAGUCUGCAGACAGGGAAAUUGUGUUUGCACACAAUCCAAUCAAAAAUUGUCAUGGUCACAUAGGCCAGUCCCAUAUCUUUCACUGGACUUGAUGUUAUACACAUUGUAUUGCACUGUUGUUGUUGGCUACUAUGAAAUGGUAUCUUCUUAACACUCGCAAUGAAACAGAGGACAAUUAGGCUGACAGUGACUUCAUCCAUCUCCUGAAUGUUAUAUCUCUCAGGCCAACACACUUCAGAUAAAUCAAUUGAUGCAUUUAUCAAGUGUUUGAAUUUUCAAAUAGAGAGGGCACAUGGUUGGUUAUGGUAGCCUGUUGGGCAGAGAAUGUUGUCAAACGUGAUUUACAGUAGCUAUGAACACUACCCUAAUAGUUUAAAAUAAAUUUGGAAAAAUCCUGCAAUAAGCGUAGUAAUAACAACAAUACAUUGGCUAUCAACAAUGAAGAGAUGGAACCUUGGAAUAGGCAUACACCAUGGUUCUAGACGGACGUUUUUCGUUGAAACACCACACGUUUAUCACUGACUGACAUUGGUCAAUGUUUUGUUUGUUUCUAAGUGAAGCACCGCAAUAGUAUGUAGGGCUAAAUACAGAAAAUACACUGUGGCUACCGGUAGCUAAAGACGAUGUUCCUGUGGCAACCCAGGUUGUUGCUUCGUUACCGGAUUCAGCAGCAGCUGACCUGCCGUUGCGUCCACAGCCUGGCUUCAUUCCAGCAGGUCAGCCGGCUACCGGAGAGGAAAUGGCGAGGUGUCGUGUUCCCCUUCAGUUCGCUGGAAGGCCAUCUGGACCGCAGCGUGGACCGGGGAGACUUCCAGCUCUUCCACCCCAGCGAGGAGGACCUCCAGCGGGCAGAGCGACUCUUCACACCCUCUGCUAAGCAUGUCAUCCUCUAUACUUCCUCCGCUGUCCGAAUGGACCACGUACCUGAAAUACAGCAGCCAGAGGUGUGUUUCAUUGGCCGGAGUAAUGUUGGGAAGUCAUCGCUCAUCAGAGCUCUCUUCUCUCUGGCUCCAGAGGUGGAGGUCAGGGUCUCCAAAACGCCGGGUCACACUAAGAAGAUGAACUUCUUCCGAGUGGGCCAGGCCUUUUCUCUGGUGGACAUGCCCGGGUACGGCCAUAAGGCUCCCAGAGAUUUCGUUGACAUGGUGGAGCCUUACCUGCAAGCCCGGGAGAAUCUGGUGCGGACGUUCCUAUUGGUGGAUGGCUCUGUGGGGCCUCAGAGAGCCGACCUGGUUGCCGUGGAGAUGUGUGAGGAGUUUGGCCUGCCCUAUGUGAUGGUGAUGACUAAAAUAGACAAGGUCCGGCCUGGCAUCCUCCUCCCACACUUGCUGCAGGUCCAGAACCUUAUCAAGACCCAGACCAAAUACUGCUUUGCCCAGCCCUUUUUAGUCAGCUCCACACAGUUCUCAGGAGUUCACCUGCUCAGGUGUUUCAUCACCCACGUGACAGGGAACCUUCAGAUGGAUUCGACUACCAGCUGAGGACACACACACACGCGCACACGCACACACACAUGCACACGCAUGCACAAAUACACACAUGCACACAUGCGCGCACACACACACACACACACACACACACAUGCACACACACCACUGACCACCACUGAUCACCAUUGACCACCACUGAUCACCAUUUACCACCACUGAUCAGCACUGAUGCGUCGUGUUCCUGAUGACCUGUGCGCUGUGCUGCGGGUCCUGGAUCCUGGACUGAGCCCUGAUGACCUCUGGCCUGGACUGAGCCCUGAUGACCUCUGGCCUGGACUGAGCCCUGAUGACCUCUGGCCUCUCAGCACCAGACUCCCUCUCUCAACCUGCUACAGUGGGCCUUACACAAGUCUAACGUCCCAGGUGUGAACACUGCCCCCCCUCCCCACUCACCUGCCCCAGGUGUCCCUUUGACCCCCCCCCCCCCCCCCCCCCCCUCACCUGCCCCAGGUGUCCCUUUGACCCCGCUCUGUGUUGUUGGAGAUGACUGCUGUGUCAGUGACCUCUGCCCUCUGACCUUGUCUCAGAAGUGAGUGGAAUGUUCAGAGAUAUAAGGCUAUAAUGUUUGCUCAGUUUUGACUGUAUUUGCUUUGCUUCAGAGCCCUGGAGAGAUAUAAGGCUCUGCUUUGCUCUUGCUAUGUAUGUUAUACUUCAGAAAUCAGACUUCAAAGUGCCUCCACUGCUUUGGACUAGCCGAGCCUGUGUGUUUGGUCCACAGUCUAAAUGGACAGUUGGACUAGCCAAGCCUAUGCGUUUGGUCUGCUAGCCGAGCCUGUGUGUUUGGUCCACUAGCCAAGCCUGUGUGUUUGGUCCACAGUCUAAAUGGACAUGGGAGAAGUUGACGUCAGAGCUGCUGUUGUGUUUGCAUCACAGUAGCCUAGCAGACAUAGUAGUUGAGCCAAACAUGUAUUUAUUCUAAUGUAGUCUGAGAUUAUGUUUAUUUUUUAAUAAAUAUAAUUUUGAUAUAU